UCUCCUCCUCCACCGCAUCCAACGAGCCGCCCAUAUAUCCCAUGGCCGAAGAAUUUGUUUCGGCGUUCCACGCUACAAAUAAUGAAAAAUUGGUUGAGUUCGUCCACAGCUACUACGUCAACAACCUCAACUCUCCCGAGUUCUGCUCAGCACUCCAACUCCGUCUCAACCCUACUAACAACCAGCAACCUGGUAAUAAUCCUACCUUAAUCGCUCAAAACUUCCUUCAAGAUAUAUCUCGUCUUCAUAGCAAACAUUUGACGAUGGAGAUGAAACUGAUUACCAUGGAAAAGAAACUCAGCAAGCAGCUCCAUUCCGUUGCUGUCUCCAAGAAACUGUAUUCUCUUUUAUUCAAUGCAGCGGCUGCGGGCCCCGUUCUGUUCGCUGCAGUUGGGCGAUGGCGCCGAUCAGUUCUCGUGAAGCGUGAGACUGCGCUCAAGAAACGCAAGGAGAUAGUAGAUCGUAUGAUUUUGGUUGCCCGGCCCAUCGUGACAGGUCUCGAUAGCAUUGUAAAUGCAGCUCGCGGCUUGGAGGUCGAGAUCAAAUCUUUGUCGGAAGCGGUUGAUGAUGGGGAGAAAGUGGCGGCGGUGGAAAAUUGCUUUGAAGAAUUACUACAGAAUGAUGAGAAAUACAAUAGGGUUAUCAACUGUGCUAAAGAAUUGGUGCUUCAGAGCAUAGUUCUUGUUGGGAACAAGGGGACAGAGCAUUACUUUCUUUGAACCUUUUAUCUUCUCUUUUAGGUAUUUAGUACUACUACUGUUUUAUUUUCUGUUGUUUAUAUAUAUUAGGUAGUUUGUUUUAUUCUUUUUAUUUUUAGCUAUUAGUAGUAUUUUUUUAUUUUUUCUAUUUAUUAAGUACUCCGUAUUAGUUAAUUUGUACUAUAUUUGAUCGUAUUUUUUUUUAUCACAGCCAUGCAUUUCUUAAUAGAUUGGUAUGAAUUUGAUUUUCUUUCAAGACUUUAGCUUCUUCUAAUUGAAGCCUAAGCAUGAAACAGUGCUACACUCUCUAAGAGAUCCAUUGGAUGUUUGUAUGCUCUUCUUAUGACAAGAAAUCAAUGACUAUCAAGCUUAAAAGAUAUGGGAUCUAGGUAUCAGACAAUAUCUCACAGCUCGGAGCCAUCUUCACACUCGGUCAGAGUGUCGACCACCACCUUGUUGUAUGAGCAAAAUUUGACCCGUGCAUGCGCUUGUCGUUUGAUCCAUGAAAGCUUCCAUGAUUUGUAGGAUGUACUCUGUUUUAAGAGCUUAUAAGAAGUACUACUCUUUUUUGAUAGCUUAUAAAUUGUUGAUUAAGGUGUUUAAA